GAGAGCCGGCCGGGCAGGGAAAAAAAUAAAAAUAGUAAAUAAAUGAAAUAAUGGCCUCGCUUUCGAUACCCCAAGUCGAAGGAACCUGGGUGCUAGCGCAGUUCGAAGUUUCCUUCCGGCCAGCAAGAUCUCCUAUCUGCGCGAAUUUUGGUCUCAAAACAAAGAGUUUCUUGAUCUUUAAACCAGCCAAAAGCUGGCAGAUUCCUUCCUCGUGAAAGUACAAUCGUCUGGUAUCAAGAUGGCGUAGAGGCGUACUCGUUUUAGAGGCUGAAAAUGACGUCGAGUGGGAAGAAGGGCAAGGCGGCUGUGUUGGAGUUCGACACUCAAUCGAAAGAGGUGCGCCAGAUCGUGAUUGAACAACUGAAAUGCUUUGAUAGUAGAACAGAAGGAAAGAUUCUUUUUCUGGCUGAUUUGCAGGAGUUUUUUAGAAGGCUGUCAGAGAUUGAACUGGACUACUCUAGAAACUUAGAAAGACUUUCAAGAAUGUAUUUGGACAAGCUCCAAAGGCACAAAACCCAAAGGAAGGAGAAGGGAACCACUAUGGAUUUAUGGCAGCAAGUCCUCAUUGAAACAAAGAACAAAUCUAAGAUGCACCUUGGCCUUAGUGACAAUGUUUCCAACAACAUUGUGAAUAGAUUUAUGAUUAUAAGCGACGACUGUCAAAGAAUAUCCAAAAAGUGCAGAGAGACUGCUACUACCCUACAAGACGAACUCCUCAAGUCAGUUCAAGAACUUAACAGGAAACUCCAUCGCUAUCAUAGUAUGGCUGUAGAGAGCAAAACUGCUGAGCAGAAACUUCAAAAGACAGAAGAUUCCCGGCGAAAGAAUGAAAAAAUGGCCAAACAAGUAGAAAAGCAUCAACAAAAAUUUACAGAAUGCAAGAAGAGGUGUGUGAAAGCAAAGAAUGAUUAUGUUUUAUCCCUGGAGUCAACAAACCGCUUCUUGGAAAAUUAUUACAAUAGAUUCCUUAGCACAUUGGUGGAUGGAUUUGACUGUAAUUACCAUGAGUCAUUCAAGCGAGGUGUUGAAGCCUAUGUGACAGCAGAGGCUAACCUUGCCAGUGCAACCAUUCAAUCUGCUGAUAGUUUGCGUGAAGCUAAGCUCACCGUUGAAGCUGAUAAAGACAAGCAGUACUUCUUUGAUGACAAUCAAGGAACAGUAACCCGGCCGUUUACUUUUGCUUACUUGCCUUACAGUGAUGAAGAGUUGAAUCAGGUGUCACCUCAACAGACAGAUGUAAUAGAACACCAUUAUAAAGUGUAUGAGAGACUUCAAAAAAUCAAGGCAGAAACAGAAGAGAUUGAAAAGACAGCAGAGGCCACGUGUGAUGCACUUAGUGAAAUGCACAGGCAGUGGGACAAUGAGAUGAUGAGACUGGCCAACGGUGAAGUAGACUCUGUCAAUGGAACAGCAAGCUGUCAGUCGAUCAAAAACAGCAGCGAAGACUUAGAAAUGUAUUAUAUUGCGAAAAUGAGAGAACUUAUUCUUACUAGUAGCUUGAAAGUCAGAAUGGAAGCUGAGAAUGACAAGCUGACUAAAACACUAGGAGAAGUAACGCCAGACAUAGUUGGAGCCAGGUUUAAAAGGCCUCAUUUGGACAUGUCUUCCAAGGAAGCUUCAGCUAUCCUGGAAUCUGUGCACAAGAAAACCAAAGUGUUUGGUUGCAAUUUAGAAAAUUAUGUUAGCAUUACAGGAAGAGAAAUUCCUGAAGUAGUAGAAAGUUGUGUCAAGUUUAUUAAAAAGUUUGGUCUAGAUCACCAGGGAAUAUUUCGACUAUCUGGAUCCACAACGGAAAUAAACGACAUGAAACAGCUGUUUGAAAAUGGUCGUGAUCCGUUAGCAGGUCUGAAUCACUGGAAAGAUAUCAACGCUGUUGCUGGAUUGCUGAGGGUCUACUUCAGAGAACUGGAGGACCCGCUCUUCCCUAGUUCACAUUAUCAAGAGUUCAUCAAAGCGAGUUUGUCUUCUUCAGUAGAAGACAGUAUGAAGGAAUUAACGACUGUCUUGAAUUCCUUGCCUGAGUCAGUUGUUCGCGUUAUGGAGUACCUUUUCUCUUUCCUGAAUUUGGUUGCAGAACACAGCGAUUCCAACAAAAUGGAUGCUCACAACCUGGCUGUAGUAUUUGGUCCGACGUUAUUACGGAUCCCUUCUGAACAAGACAUGAUAGCUUAUCAGAGCCAAGUCAAUGGUAUGAUGGAGCUCUUGAUCAAGUACUGUGCUGAGGUAUUCCCUGGCUCAGGGGAGCCGCCACAUGCUCCACUCUCUGAAACUGAGGAUAGCGACAGCGAGGAAGACUUUGAACCAAGAGAUGCCGAAGCACUGUUUGACUACUCAGCCCGGUCAUCGAAAGAGCUUUCCUUCAAAAAGGGCGACAUUAUCCGAGUAUUUAAACGGUUUAACAAUGACUGGUGGGACGGAACUAUCAAUGGAACGGACGGCUUUGUUCCUGCUACGUACAUCCGUCUACCGACUGACGAUGAGGUUGAAAUAACUGACGGUGAAGGAAACAUUUCCUCAUCCGGUGAGCUGUUGUCACCUUCUCCGAAAGUUUCAUCCAGUGGAGCGGACAGACCAAAGGACUUUAAUGUGCCUCCAAGGAUCCCUAAGAGAGAGGGCUCUCUCAGGGGGAGGGAUGGUGUUCCUUCGCCUACUUCUGAUCCAGCGAGCCCCUUAGGAUCGAGUCCCCAGGCGCCUUUUUCGGGAACGUCUUUGUUUAAGAAGACGGUACCUCCAGCGGCAUCAGCAGCAGCACCGCCGGCGAUCUCCUCGGAGGAUAUCGUGAAGCGACAGUUGACGCUGUUGCGCAAGGCUCCGAGAGAAGAUAGCGAAAGCUCUGUUGAAAAGACACCCGAUAAAGAACAGACUAUAAAACUGCCGCGUCUUCGGAGCAUCUCGCCUUCCAGGAAAUCACAGCCGCCGAACCAGGCGAAAGCAGAAAAUGCUGAGGCGACAAACAAGCAAGCAGAGACACCGGAAAAAGACGAAAAAGGAAGAACUCCUACUAAGGAAGAACAUCGUAAAUCAAGCGAAGGUGUAUGGCAGCCGAGGGUUGAAGCUAAUUCCCCGGCAAAUCCCACUCCCCCAGACAGUCCCCGGACAACCACCGGGGCGAAAAUUCCCCCAGCGGUUUUACCUAAACCCAAGAAAAGCAACCCGGCACCCCCCUUCCGUAAGAAUUCCGAUGACUUGUUAGCUUCUUUACAGGCCGCACAGGUCGUGCGGAGUCACCGGGCUAGUGGAGGAGGGGAGGAUCCCGGGAAGAGUAGGGGCUCCGUGGGGGAUGAUACUGCCUUUUGAGAGUAUUGGAAGGGGGCAUGAGAUGGGUUGUAAAGUGAAAAGUAACCUAAAAUCUUAGAUCUCAUAGGGUGGGGUGGGUUUUUGUUACAAAGAUGCAGAGACUAGUUCAGAUUUAUUGUCAGGGUGGGGUGGGGUGGGAGUUUUGUUACCAAGAAGCCAGUACCAGUUCAGAUUUUUUCUCAGGGUGAGCCUGGGCUCUUGUCCCAAAGAAAUCCAGGACAAUGCAGAUUUGUUGUUGGGGAGUGUGGUUGGGGGAGUAGGGGUAGGACGGGAGGGGCUGGGGUGGGGUGGAAGGGAUUGUCCUGUUUUAUAAUGUUAUUCGUAAAUUUGUAUUGUGCAGGGAAGGAACGAAAGCAGGAAACCAUUUUAAUUUUGAAAAAUAAUCCAAAGUUGAAUUCUAAUGGUGCUGUAAAUAUGUAAUUUUUUAGGUAGACAUACGUUUCUGGUAUAAAAUUGGCAACUUCCCUAAAAGUAUUGAUUUUUCAUUGUAAGUUUUAUUAGUAGUAUUAUAUAUUUAUGAUUUUUUUUUGGG